CAGUUUGUGCAUUUUCAACCAACAGAAGAAAAACACAGAAGAUUCGCAAAAACGUCACACGGCCAGCAUCACGCGUGUCACGCUUUUAUCCGGAAUGAGACCAACUCCAACUUUUUGUGACUGACUUAUUUUUCUUCUAGUAUAAAAAAAUGUCUCGCAGCCACGAGAGACUUCAACGCCUAUAACCACCGGCGUACCUCAAAACAAGCAGAUAAUACCGCGCUAAGCAGCGUUCGGGUUUAUAGGCGGGCAUAGCCUCACUUCCGGCAGGCUGCUAGGAAACCAAAGAGACGCGGAUUCUGAUGUUUUGAGCUGCGAGGGUGAAGCGACUGCAAGGACAACAAUGGAUUCUGAAUACAUAAAGCGCUGUUUAGGGAAGUGUUUGUCCGAAGGACUUGCAGAAGUCGCGGAAAAAAGACCGAUGGAUCCUAUUGAGUAUCUAGCUCUCUGGAUAUACAAGUACAGGAACAAUUUAGAUGAGUAUGAAAAGAGAAAGAUUGAAAAAGAAGAAUUGGAGAGAGAGAGAGAAGUAGCACGUCAGGAACUAGAAACAAUCGAAAAACUAAAGCAAGAAGAGAUGCUUAUUCAGCUGAAAAUUGAAGAACAGAGGAGACAAGUUUCAGAGGAGUAUACACAGAAGACAAUUGCAGAACUAACAGAUAAGUUUGGUGCACCAAAUCUGCCAACUGUGGAGGAGACUGAUGAGAACUCGGCAGGGGCUGGUGUUAAACCAAUAGAUCCAGAGAUACCUCCAGGGUUUGAGGAUGCUGAUGAUAUGCCCACUAAAGAACCAGCCAUGAAAGAAACAGUGGAAGAAAUUUCUGAAACUCCAAAAACUGAAGAAUCUAGCUUGGAUGCAGCUGUUGGAAUGGAGGAAACGUCAGAAGAAAGUGCAGUUUCUAUGAAAGACACAGAUGCUGGACAGGGUUCAGAAAUACCACCUGAUAACACAGCUUAAUCUGAUUUGUGAGAGUUUGCUAACCAGUAAUAAAGUUACAACUUCCCAUGAACUGUGAUAAAAUUGUAUUAGCAUAGUGGUAACAAAAGACAAACUGUUUGUUCUUGCAUAGGAAAGUAUGAUAAUGAAUAAAAAAUUAUUUAAUGUGAUACAGAAUCUAAAAUUAUGCAUAUUUCUAAUAAACACUUAUUGAAAUAUG